AUGUCACCGCUGGCCUUUCUCUUCUGCUCUGGAAAACCAAGAGAGUACUGUGGCAGAUAUACUACGAUUUGUCACCACUCCACCGCGUUUCAUCGACGGAGCUGUGUCGAGUUCCGAGUCAGGGAAGUAUGGCCGAGGUGCAACGCUACGCCAGGUGUAAAGCUCUCAUCACGACAGAUAGCUAAAGCUGAGAUCAUACAAUUGGAAGCCAGCAGAUUCAGCAAUGGGCACAACAAGGAUGGUUUCCCCGUGGCGCAGCCAUCUGCUGAAUACUUCGCGGACACUGACAAGGCCAACUUCGACGCCGAGUGCUCAGGGGAAGAGGGGAAGAGGAAGGCUGCUGUUAGGGAGGUCAACGGUAAGACUCGGGUGACUGCUUCGUCCCAGUUGGUCAAUGCGAACAUGGCGAAGGGACAGAGACGAGCGAAGAAAGAGGAGCAGAAAAAGAAGCGGUCUAGGACAGGGUAUGGAACUGUGAGAAGGAUGGACAAUUGCUCGGAUGACCUUUCUACUAUUCUCAAGAGUCAGCUAGCUCCAUCCUUGGAUUUGAUGGCGAUAGUUACCUACGAGGUGCUGUGGUCGCUGUCAUCAAGAACGCAGAUGGGAGGAUCCUUUGCUUGGAGCGAUAUGCCUUCGCCGGCCGAAAUCACCGCUCCCUUCAUCGAAGACGAAGACUUGUCGGCCUAUAUCAAUGAGUUCGCGUACGAUGAUAAAGGAAACCUAAUCAGGAGUGCCAUUCGUGGCCCAGUAAUGACUGCGCGUGGCGCAAAAGCACGAGAACAGGCAUACUUGGAAAUCCUGAGAGAGUCACCUCCCAUGGAACAACUUCCUGCUGAAUACGAUGCAGAGCUCAGGCCGGAUACAGAUGCUGUCCUUGCCUUUGGUCUCGGUAUCAGUUUCGAUCAGCUGUUGCGAUAUGUCCACAAGAACAAUAUCCAUACUUCUUGGAAGCCCCACUGUCGAAUCACUCAACCUCUCAUUGCUUAUCACGAGAUCUCCAAGAGGCUCAAGAAAGCGAUCCCCGGCUUACAGUUGUUCUACCGCCGACCUGCCUCUGUCGAAUAUGACAGGGUUCUGGCUCUGUACUCGAACCAUUCAAUGGGGAGACUUCAAUAUGAGGAAGAAGAUGAACAGCGUGUAAUCGAGUAUAUCAAGAAGGAGCUAGAGAUUGACUCUCCGCCAUUGUGGCUCUGGGACAUGGACGAGGAGGAUACGUUCUGA